AUCUUCGCUUUUCUCAGGUCCCCUUCCCCCUCCCUCCUUCGACCCUUCGUCCCUCUUCCUUCCUUUCCUCGUCCUCGUCCUCAUCCUUGUCUUCCGCCACUUCCAGCACUUGUCGUUGCUAUCUUGCUUCUUGUCAGUCUGCGUGCCCCCCAGCAGACAAAAUUGCCCUCACCCCUCUCCUCUCGCUCUCCCAUCUCCCUCUUUCGUUUCAUCUCCUACCACAGCUCGGACCACCUCCCUCUCCGCUCCUCCACCAAGCAAUCCCGUGCGCUGUCUCUGGAUAGCUUUGCCACAUACUCGAUCAGACUGAAACAACAACAACAAACAUAACAAGCGACAAGAAGCAACAAUGCCUGCAUUACUGUGUUCGGGGGCCCUGACAGAAUCCACCAUGACAGGACCCAUCCUCAAAAAGCGACUACAAAUCCGCCAGCGGACCAGGGACAUCUUUGAAAUGCCCGAGCUAUGCGACUCUAUCGCUCAUCAUCUCGAUAAGCAGUCCCUCGCAGCCGUAGUCAGAGUCUCCACUCUGUGGCACUCGACUUGGAUCAGACAUCUCUGGAGAAGAGUCCGAGUCGAAGCAGGAACGACAAAGAGUUCUGACAUGGCCCAGGCCUUCCCCAGAUUGGGUCGCCACAUUCGGCAACUGGACUGGAUUGAUCUCUCGGACUCCACCAUCACAUCCAAUUCGAUUCUCAGAGAUGCAGACCUGUCCUCUCUGAAUCUCCACAGCCUACUGCUGGCGAAUUGGUCGAGUGAACUGAAUGCAACCACGCUGUCCCGCUUUGUCGAGUCAUCCACACACCGACUCUCGGCUCUGCAGCUCCAUAAUCUGACGACCAUUCGUGGUGAUCUUUUGAAGGUGGCGGGAUCGCUGAGAAACCUGCGACACUUUAGUCUGGUCAUGGCAGGAGAGGACUCUAGACACAACCACCAUCAUCAGCGAUCGAAUGGUUCAGUGUCUUCGCCCAAUAGCCCCACAGUCCUUAGCAGUCCCACGGACGGGGCGGAGUUGGCGGAGUUUACAAGUGCGGACUCGCUGCCAGCGCUCAUGGAUGCCUGUCCGAGACUGAAGACGAUCGAGCUCCUGGAUCUGCGCUCGCCUUCAACUGUUGAAACAACUACUUUAGAAGCCCAGGAUGCCACUGCAACGCCGACUGACUCGGACACUGUGUGCCCAUCGAUCGAACAUGUUGCCCUGAACUGGAUGCCAAUGCAGUAUUUGACCCUCAUCAACCUGCACGAGACCGCCAUCUCUGGAUCUACCCUCUCCACUCUCUUUGCACGAUCCCUCCAGCUCACAAAACUCAACCUCGGCCAGUCCUCCCCGCUCUACCUCACUGGACUCAAACUGGAUCCUCUUCUGUCCAUGACCGCCUUGACAACUCUCAUGUUCGCAGGAUGCCACUUUCUGGACGGACACGGCUUCAAAGAGAUCUUCAAGGCUUCGCCAAACCUUCUAUCGCUGGACAUUCCCAAGACAAACGUGGAUGAUGCUGCCCUCGGAGUUCUAGGCCAUCAAUGCAGCCGACUCACAGACCUGAAUCUCGAUGGAUGCCAGCAAAUCACGGAUCAGGGCGUUCGCGAUAUGCUUUCUAAUCCACCAGUUGCCAAGGUGAACGGAAUCCGGAAUCCUUCCUCUAUCAACUUGACUGUUCAGCAAGGUCCUUAUCAAAACUAUACCCUCCACUGUUUGUCGGUGACAGACUGUACAGAGUUGACGGGACAGGGGAUUCAUCACAUUUUGAUGACCUGCGCAGGCCUGAGGAGCCUUGAGGUUCAACAACCAGAGCUCCUCCCCGAGAGUCUCUUCCCUCACACACUCGAAUCCGACCAGGACCAGGAUAUUGAGAGCCCCUCGGCGCCAGCUAGUGAAUCCACUACAAUAUACCCUACCACCGAGUCUGGAAUCGAAAUCGAGGACACGAUUGGUGGCGGAUCGACCUCGUUGUCGUGGGCAUGUCGCUCAACUCUGGAACUCCUUCGGAUCAAGAACCUGAAUUUUCUCAACCCAGAGCAGACCCAAUUUCUGAAUGCGCGCCUUCGAGAGCUGUCGCAGCUGAAAGUGCUUCAUAUCGGCGGCAAUCAGUUGGAGCUGUCGGUACUGAAUGGAUUGGGCCAUCAGCUCGAGAACCUUUACAUCGAUGCUCUGGUGAGAGAGGUCGGGAUGGAGGACGUGCGAUGGCUGGUGGAUCAUACACCGAACCUGACGAGGUUGUGGUGCCGCCAGUUAAUCCGGCAUUCAGAACCAUGGAAGCUGUUGAGGAGCGCUAGGAAGCACCUCAAGCUGUGGUAGUUCUUCUCUUUCUUCCCUUUGAUCCCAUUGGCAUUUUUAAUCGACACGAGUACAUGCAUCCAUGCGUUCCUACAUUCAUUCGUUCAUAGAAUCAUUUGCAUACUUGGAUAUAUCCAUAGACAAAAUAUACAUAGACAUCUUCAGGGGUACAAUACAACAAUGCAU